AUGAGAGUAUAUCCCGAGUCUAACUUUAAAAAUGAUGGUUCUAAGAAGAACCGGCCGGCUUCAGAUGUUAGUGGUCUUUCGCUGCUGGCUGCUAGCCUACGUCACCAGACUACAGAGUUUUUCAACAAUUCAACAUUGCAUGGUGUACGAUACAUCGCUGAGAAGGACAGGCCUUUUUGUGAGAAGUUUAUGUGGUUUAGCUUUACAGCAGUAGGAGCAGUAACGACUUGUAUAAUCAUAGUCAGUUUAUGGGAGAAGUUCCAAACUAACCCAACUAUCACGGGUUUGGAUACAGACUUCCAUAACUGGGAUGUCCCAUUCCCUGCAGUGACAAUAUGUGACGUGGAUCCAGUUGACGACGAUUUACUAGAAACUUACAUUGAAAGCACUUGGGGUUCAGAGCCUCCGGAGAAGGCUGGUGAGAUGCUACGAUGGCUGGCCACACUUACCUACCGAUCUAUAGAAGAACAUGCUGCGGAUUUUCUCUCAGACACAGCCCUUGUUGGAAAGGACGAUGAAGAUGGCCCUGCAGUUUCCAAAAAUCCUAAAGACGCCGUUUUCCAAAUAGUUCGACAUUGUGAGUCAUUGUUCUACGACUGUGAAUGGAAGGGAGAUUCCGAGGAAUGUUGCGACGUGCUAAUGCCUGUAUUCACUGAAAUGGGAUUCUGUUACGCCUUUAACUCCAAACAUGCGGAAAAAGUAUGGCCAUGGCAAUCGCAGACUCAAUCUGAACAGUUCAAUGAAGCGUUCAUCCAUGAGACCGACGCGAAAUGGUCCUUCAUGUUUAAUUCGGAUCGAAAGAAUACAACGUUCGAUAUUUUCAUACAUUCAACAGAAGAAAUGGCGGGUCUGGAGCAAAGCGCUCAGCACUCUUGGGACCGUCGAGUGGAAAAAGUAUCUUUCUCUGUAAAACACACUUACACCACCGAAGACGCUCGUCAGCUGUCCAUUCGUCAACGACGCUGCGUGUUUGCCGACGAGCAACAUCUGGAGACUUCCAACAUUUACACUUAUUCAGCUUGCAUGAGACAGUGCCGCAUGCAACGGAGUCGGGCUUUCUGCAAAUGUGUUCCUCAUUUCUAUCCGCCUUUGAAGGGCUACAAACAAUGCACAUUACGGGAAUUAGGAUGCAUAGCAAAACAUGCGGCUGCCAUAACAGAUGUCACAAGUUGCAGCUGUGAACUAGGGUGCUCGCACACUGUAUAUGAAGUCGAAAAACUUUCGGAUGUCGAUGCGACGCGGAUCAGCGAGAACACUUUAUUGGAAACCGAGUUUGUGUCGUGGCCUAUGGUCCGAUACAAACGUGAGGUGCUCUUCGGUUGGGUCGACUUGCUGGUUUCAUUCGGUGGUAUAGCGGGAUUGUUCCUGGGUUUCUCCCUUUUGUCCGGAGUGGAGCUAUUGUACUAUUUCACGCUGCGAGCGUGGUGUGCAGCUGCUAGAGAUGCGGACGUGCUGCGAGAGGAGCGAGCUGAGAGACUGGCUCGGCCCAAACCCCACAUGAUCUGAGUCUUGAGCCUUGGUGGAAGCAGCCCCCGGUACCACGCAGCGCUCGUCCACUAGUGGUGCGCGCUAAGAACGUACAGCCACCGGAGUAUUCACCGCCUCCUUCAUAUCCCACCUACUUGCCUUAA